CGUCAGAAUGAUUCAUUUACCUACAGCUCGCUCAUCUAAAAAGUUUGUGUUCAUGCAAUGUGUUUAUGCAAUUGAUUGUUUGUGGGUGACUGGAUUUUUUAAGUUGAUGAUGUGGUGGUAAAAUUUGGGGAGUUUUAGAUUUUAAAAGUGACCACACGACUCCCUUCAAUGAGCCAAAUGUGUGUGUGAUAUCCAAGCCUUCUAUUUGAUAGAAAAUAUAUUGUAAUGGCAAUAACAAAGACAAGAAACCAAGAUAUAGCUUAUCAAAAUCAAGCAAUGCUUGCCAUGCCAUGUCUAAAACUCUGCAUUGAACUGUUGUGCCUUAUCAUGGUUCAUGGUAUUCAGUAAAUUUACACAAAAAACGACUGCAUUUGUUCUGAUGACUUUGAUGAAGUUAAUGCUUACUCUAAUUGUAAUGCUUCUCUGUCUUUUUCUCUGUCAACAGAAGAAGCUCAAUACUUACAGUAAGAUGCAGGAAUCUAUGAAUAUUCCCACACAUUGUUCCCAAGGGAGGCAAGCACAGAAGCAGGCAGUCCAGAGGGAGGAGGUGCCAGUUGCAGACCAAACAGGGUUGCAGGGAAAAGAGGUCCAGCCUGCUGAGGCUGAGUACCUUAGCUCCAGGUGUGUGGUCUUCACCUACUUCCAGGGAAAUAUCGGGGAUGUGGUGGAUGAACACUUCUCCCGUGCUCUGAGUCAGCCUAGCGCAUUCACCGGAGAUGCAAAACCUACAAGGCUUUCAACAGGACCAUUAUGGAAAGAAGGAGGCUCUCUCUCAGAUGGUCACAGUGCAAGCAGUUUACCUCCCACCCUGUGGAGCAGUAGCUACCCCUCUCCACCGGCAUCCUGCAUCUCCACAGUACACCCGGACUUCCCUACCGGAGCUGCCUUUCACCCGGCAGACACGGCAAGCCUCUGGAGUGGGCAUGGCCUCCCACAGCUCAGCCUGACCCCUGCAGCUGGCCUCUCUGACUCCUGGCACUAUGGUCUUAGCCCUCAGGGUGGUGCUAGUUACCCCUCACACAUGCACGAUCUGUACAGCCAUCAUGUGCACCCACGUCAUGCCCACCCUCACAACCACAGCCACCCGCCCAUACUGCCCCACGCCCACGGCCGCAGCCUGGAGCCCUGCUUCAGCCCUCUGCUCCUCCAUCCCACUCGGCCAUCUUGCAGCCCUGUCUCACAUGCUGAUGUGGUCAAGACAGACCUGGAAACCGGACCCACUCAACCCUCGAGCUGGCCAACCUCCUUUCACAGCUCAGUGGAUAUUUUUGAAACAACUCUAGAACAGGACAAAGUCAAAGCAGCAGUUUGGUUCUGAAUGGGUGAAUGGAUACCUAGCGGCCUGGGUCUGAGGCACUCCUGAAUUUGAAUUCCCAGGUUUCUGUUUGAACAGAUGCUCUCCUGAAAACGACCUCCACAAUUACAAGGAAUAAUUAAGAAGGGAAAAUCCUGACUUCUCUUCAUUAAUAAGGCUCACAAAGCAAUGUCCUCCAGACAAGAGAACUGAUUUUAUUGCAAAAGCAUACCCUUACCAAGACAAAUCUCUGGGUUAAUGUAUGUGCAUGCAUGAGAUUCUAGGAAGACAGCUUUUUCACUUGGCCUUUUAAGAGCUAUCUCAAAUGAAGGAUGUUACUAAGAGUUGGACCUGAAAGGUAUAUUUUACUUUAUACAGAGUGUUCAUAUUGUCUUGACUAAUGGGAUGCCAUUGCAAUUUUGUAUAAGUAUGAACUAGUUCUGUUGAAAGAACUGUCUCUUGUUGGGAAACAUAAAUAGCAUGUUUAUAUGCAUAUACAGUGAGGCUCAUAAGUAUUUGAACCCAUGCUGCUUCUUCCUUAAAAUACAGGGGGCAUAAGUAUUCAAUACCAUACCUAGAGAUUGGUGAUUGGCUGAAAUACUGUACACACCAGGCCAAUCUCUAGGUAUGGUGAAGGUGAUGAUCUGCCUGCCUCUAUGGGAAUUUACCAUAGGGUAGCGAAUACUUAUGUCCCCUGUAGUUUAAGGAAGAACAUUUAUUUAUUUAUGAUUCAUUAUUCAUUCACAAAGAAAA